CGUGUGCUGGGGCUCUUGCAGCAGCACACUUCCAGGAGCACUGCUUGGAGGUGUUGGGAGAAGGAGAAGGCACCAGCCAGAGCAGGGCCACUCACCAUGGAGGAGACCAACACCACAGAUCUGUCCCUCAGCAACGUGACAUCUGGAUAUGAACACUUCAACACAUCUAGUCCCUACAGAUGCAUAUGGGACUAUAGGUUACAGAUCAUUUCGGGUGUUUCUAUCGGUGUUUGCCUGUGUGGCCUCGUGGGGAAUGUGGUAGUUGUGUGGUUCUUGGGUUUCCAGAUGAAGAAGAACCCCUUCACUGUCUAUGUCUUGAACCUGGCUGUCGCUGACUUAUCCCUGCUCCUCUUCCUUCCUGCAUAUCUUACUUUACAAAUUCUUAGACAAUUCCAUUGUUAUAUUGUAAUUGAAUACGGUCUACUCUUUGAUAUCCUUUUGACCUUAUUUAUGUUUUCCUAUUUUGCCAGCAUGUACCUCUUGUCAGCAAUGAGCCUGGAGAGGUGCCUGUCUGUCCUGUUCCCAAUUUGGUACCGAUGCCACCGCCCAGAGAACUUGUCUGGCAUCACGUGUGGGGUGCUCUGGGCUCUCGCUGCACUUUCUGCUUCUGUGGUUUUCACCGCUUGCCGUUUCAUAAUAUACUGUCCAAUAGUUAACCAUUGCGUGAACUCUGUGAAUGUUCUCAUUUUCUCUGUAUUCCCUUUCCUUUCCAACCUGGCCCUGUUCAUCAAACUCCGCUGUGGUACAUACAGACGACACCCAGGGAAACUCUAUGUUGCUGUCCUGCUCAGUGUGACCUUCCUGUUCUUCUUUGGGAUUCCAUUCAGUGUGUUCCUGUCAAUUAAUUAUUAUUAUCGAAACCUCUUUUUCCCUUAUGUGACGUGUUUCCUGACAUCGCUGAACAGCAGCGUCAACCCCGUCAUUUACUUCCUGGUGGGGGGCUGCCGGCAGCGCCGCUUCCAUGGCUCUGUCAAAGUCGCCCUGCGCCGAGUGUUCGAGGAGAAGGCGCCAAGCGAGGACGGGAGCCGCGGGCAGGGGAACACUGCGGCCGAGACCUCGCUCUGA